AGGAUGAUUUCUUGUUUACAACGAAUACCUUAUUUUAUUAAUUUGUAACUAAAUCACACCACAAUCAAAUAACAUGUGGAAAUCAUUUGACUUGCUUAUAUUUAAUGACUCAACAGUAAACACUAACUACUAACCAGUAAACAAAUAUAUAUAACGUGAAACAUACAAAAAUAAACUAGUAUUUUCUCUUUCAUUCAUACAUUAUAUAUACUACCAUCAAUGGAAGUGUGAUGGAGUAGAUAAAACGAAAAAAAUUCACGUCUUACGAGGUAAGCAAAACUCCUUUGACUUCUCUCCUUCGUCUUCUCUGCUUGAAUCUGGUUCUCAUUUGUUCUACAGUUGAAGAAAAACCAUUUGUUUUUUGCUUGCUGUGCGUUGAAACUUGAAACUGCUUCUCUGUUUCUAUUUUUGGAAAGCAAAAAGGUGGAAGCUUUUUCCAGAAAUGGGUUUGUCUCUGAGAAUGUGGGUUGUGAGUAUAUUUGUGCUUACUCAGCUCGUUAAUGGAGCUCUCUGUUAGGGAGAUGAUGGUCAUUACGCUGUCUGCAAAAUAGCUCAGGGUUAUUUUAAGGAAGAUACUCUAGUUGCAGUGAAGAAACUUCUGCCUGAAUAUGCAGAUGGUGAGCUAGCAGCUGUUUGCUCAUGGCCUGAUGAAAUCAAAAAGCUACCUCAAUGGCGAUGGACUGGUGCUUUGCAUUUUGCUGACACACCUGAUUACAAAUGCAACUAUGAGUAUUCUCGGGACUGCCCUAAAGACUGGUGUGUGACAGGAGCAAUCUUCAAUUACACAAACCAACUAAUGUCUGCUUCUGAAAACUCACAGAGUAUAGUCCACUACAACUUAACAGAGGCUCUCAUGUUCUUAUCACAUUAUAUGGGAGAUAUCCAUCAGCCUUUACAUGAAGGUUUUCUUGGAGAUCUAGGUGGUAACAAAAUAAAAGUCCACUGGUACAACCAAGAAACUAAUUUGCACCGUGUUUGGGAUGACAUGAUAAUUGAUUCUGCUCUGGAAACAUACUACAAUUCAAGUCUUACACGCAUGAUUCAAGCCCUUCAAACCAAACUCAAGAGCGGUUGGUCAAAUGAUGUUCCUGCUUGGGAGUCAUGUCAACUUAACCAAGCGGCCUGCCCAAAUCCAUAUGCUUCUGAAAGCAUCGAACUUGCCUGCAAGUAUGCUUACAGGAACGCCACCGCAGGGACUACUUUAGGAGAUUACUAUUUCGUCUCUCGGUUACCCAUUGUAGAGAAGAGGAUCGCACAAGGCGGAAUUCGCCUGGCUGCGACUCUUAACCGUAUUUUUUCUGCAAAACCGAAGCUUGCUAGAGCAUAAAGAAAGAUCCAGGAGUUUCAUUUGAGCAUCUUUUUUCGGGUAAAACUUUUGAACAUCUAAUAACACUCUUUUUGUUGUAACAAUAUGUAUUGGUACUACCAUGAUGGUAGACUGGUAGUUAAGGUUGCCAUUGUUCCUGAGUUUUAACUAUAAUAAACAAGCAUGAAACGUGCAAUAAUUGUCAA